CCCCAGACGGACAUAUUAUUAUAUUUGGGGGUCGUACACAGGAAUUUACUAGCGUUAGUCCAAUCCUAGCUUUGUUAGAUACGAACACAUAUCCAUAUGAAUGGUCCAUUCCUGGUAGUGCUAGUUUUAAUUCCCCACCAUCUAUUUAUGGAAGUACCGCAAAUUUAUAUUAUAAUUAUAUGAUAAUUACAUUUG